AUGAAGUUAUUAACAUAUUCAUUAUUAUCCACCACAAUUGCUGGGUUAUUAAUCCCAAACUUGGAAAUGGUAUCUCAAUUAUUACCAUCAUUGGAACUUCACGAUAAUCAGUUAAGUUUUGGUAAUGUUGAAGCUGAUAAACCAGCCAGCAAGGAUAUCGCUCCUAUCUUAAACAUCGAUAGUUUAGAUGAUAUUAUCCCUGAUAGAUAUAUUAUUGUAUUCAAAGAUGAUGUUAGUAUUGAAGAAUUUGAAGCUCACAAGUCAUGGAUCUUGAAUGAAUAUCAAUCAAUGUUAGAAUCCCUUAAUGAUGUUAGAUUAUCAAGUAUCUUAAAAAUUCAAUUGAAGACCAAUGAAUUGGGAUUUUUUAAUAUUGCUGAAUCCUUCAAGGGUUAUUAUGGUUACUUGACUGAAGGUUUGGUUGAAAUGAUUCAAAAAAAUCCAAAUGUUAAAUAUCUCGAAAAGGAUACUAAAGUUAAAGUUAAUGAAUUUGAUAUUCAAAAAGAUGCUCCUUGGGGAUUAUCAAGAUUAAGUCAAAGAGAAAAUUACGUAUCAUCAAGCUAUGAAUUCGAUAAUGAAGGUGGUGAAGGUGUUACAGCAUAUGUCAUUGAUACCGGUAUCAAAGUCUCAAUGGAAGAAUUUGAAGGUAGAGCUGUUUGGGGUGAUUCCUUUGCAUUCCCAAAAUUGAAACUUGAUGGUAAUGGUCAUGGAACUCAUUGUGCUGGUAUCAUUGGAUCAAAAACUUAUGGGGUUGCUAAAAAAGUUGAUUUAGUAGCCGUUGGAGUUAUGAACUUCUUAGGUUCAGGAGUCACUUCAGAUAUCAUUAAAGGUAUCGAAUUUGUUGUUAAUGAUCACAAAGCUAAAGUUGCUAGUAAACUUAAAGGAUUCAAAGGUUCAGUUAUUAAUAUGUCCUUAGGUGGAGGAGCUCAAGAAUCAUUAGAUUUAGCAAUUAAUGCCGCUACUAAUGCUGGUAUUCAUGUUGCUGUUGCUGCUGGUAAUGAUAAUCAAGAUGCUUGUGAAUAUUCACCAGCUAAAGCUACCGGUCCAAUUACUGUGGGUGCUUCCAAUAUCAGAGAUGAAAAAGCAAGUUUCUCCAAUUGGGGUAAGUGUGUUGAUAUUUUCGCUCCUGGUGAAGAAAUUACUUCAACUUAUAUUGUCGGAGAAACUUCUGUUUUAAGUGGUACCUCAAUGGCAUCUCCACAAAUCGCUGGUUUAUUAGCUUACUUUUUAUCUUUACAACCAGAAAUCGAAUCAGAAUUCUCUACUGGUUUAUUAAAUCCUUUAGAUUUGAAAUCUAAAGUCAUCAAAUAUGGUACUAAAGGAGUUAUUCAAGGAAUCAUCGAUCCUGAUACUCCGAACAUCUUAGCAUUCAACGGAGCCGGUCAAAACUUGACCAGUUUCUGGAAUUUAUAG